UUAAAGAUAACCGAGCACCCAAACAGGUGUACUCCUCGACAUUGAUACUUAUUUUACGCCCCUUUCAUUUGAUUGCAUCGCCCUAAAAUUUAUCAUGAUGAAACCCUAGACAGAAUCCCAAUUCGUCACCAUAAACCCCGUCAGCUCUCCCUCAUCCUAGUCGAUCUUCUACUCAGUAAUCAAUUAGGGUUUCAUACAUUCUUUGCUUACCUGCAAUCCGAGUCAUGGACGCCCAAAGAGCCUUGCUAGAUGAGCUCAUGGGUUCAGCUCGCAAUUUGACUGAAGAAGAGAGAAGGGGACACAAGGAGAUCUCUUGGGAUGAUAAGGAAGUAUGUGGCUUCUACAUGGUGAAAUUUUGCCCACACGAUCUGUUCGUGAAUACUCGAAGUGAUCUAGGUCCAUGCCCUAAAAUCCAUGAUCCGAAGUUGAAAGAAAGCUUUGAGAGCUCUCCAAGGCAUGAUUCUUAUGUGCCAAGAUUUGAAGCAGAACUUGCUCAUUUCUGUGAAAAAUUGGUGAUGGACUUAGAUAGGAGAGUUAGACGUGGACGUGAGAGACUUGCUCAAGAGGUUGAAGUUCCUCCUCCUCCUCCAAUUCCAGCUGAGAAAUCCGAACAACUAUCUGUUCUAGAAGAAAAAAUCAAGAACCUUCUAGAAUCAGUGGAGGCACUUGGGGAAGCUGGAAAGGUGGAUGAAGCCGAAGCACUCAUGAGAAAGGUGGAUCUGCUUAACAUUGAGAAAACCGCAUUGACCCUUCAACCACAGAAUGAAAAAGUUCUAAUGCUUGCUCAAGAAAAGAAAAUGGCUCUUUGUGAAACAUGUGGUUCCUUUUUGAUAGCAAAUGAUGCUCUUGAAAGAACCCAAUCCCAUGUCACUGGAAAACAGCAUAUCGGUUAUGGAUUGGUCAGAGAUUUCCUUUCUGAAUACAAAGAGGCAAAGGAGAAGGCAAGGGAAGAGGAAAGAUUAGCAAGGGAGAAAGAAGCAGAAGAAAGAAGGAAACAAAGAGAAAAAGAAAUUGAAGGUAAACACAGAAGUGGAUCUGCUGACAGGGACAAGAAUCGUUACAGUGACAGGUCAUCACGUGAUCGAAACCGAGGAUCUCGGGAUUCUGGAAGAACAUCGGAUCGUAGGGCCCACAACAACAGUUACAGAAAUGGAGGUGGUGGGGACAGGAGAGGGGAUAGAUACAGGGACAGAAGCAGGUCUCAUUCCCCUAGACAUGGUGGAAGAAGAAGGUCAUCCAGAAGUCCGUAUUAGUGAGAGAGAAAGAUUGUAGAAAAAUCAAAAAUGUCCAAGUCAGAAGAGUGAAGUGAAGUGAACCUGUUUUUUGUUCUCACAGCUUUGUUGAGAUAUAACUAAAGGAGAAAAAGAGUCUUAAGGGAGGUAUUUUACUUAAAUUGUUGUUGCGUAAUAAUAAUAAUGAUCUGUUUUCAUAAUCUUUGGUUGGUGACUAAUUGUUUUAAAGGGGUAGUUUUAUACAAAUAGAACACAAAGAUUUGGUGAAAGAAAUCAUCAUGAUGGUUUUCCCAUGGUUUGAGCCUCUGAAUCUGAAUCUGAAGUUGGUUUUUGUAUGUGUUGAAUGAUUCUUUUACAAAAAAGGUGUUGAAGAAGCUCAUAGAGGUAACCAAAGCUUGAAACUUGAAACUGUAACAUUUUGUUUUUGCAGGGAAGUUAGAUCACAUUUGUGAUCAGUUUAAUACUUUGCUAUUAAACUGUUUUGAUGUUUUUAGAAUGUAUUUGAGAUAUUUCAAACAUUUUUUUUCAAUAUAAACUUUGUAAAAUGUUGAUGUCUGCAUUUAGAACAUAAAGUUUUUGAGAUCUUGUAUCAAAGGAUCUUAAUCUAGGCAUUUUGCCAUCCCGAACCAACUUGAUUAAUUUGAGUGUAAAAAGUUAUUGGGAAAAAGAAAAACCUCC